GCUAAACUUUACAUUCUCAUAUUACUUAGUCGUGGGCAGCUUUCAGUGUUCUGAUUGGUGCCCUUGCUCUGUUCUGUUCAGCUCCGUCUGACGAUCCCAUCCUUUCUUGCUUCAUAGUUGGCUAGCACUUCCAUUUGUUGGAGACGUGGGCAUAUAUGGUUUGUCCCCUCCCUUCGACAUAUUAUACUACGUUUGAUAUAUACAUCUCAAUUUUGAAACGCCUCGGCCAAGAAUCCAAAAAGAUGGCCCCAUCAACGCGCGCCUCGCCCCUGCUCGACACAGUCCUAGUCACCGGCGGAUGUGGAUUUCUAGGGUUCUAUCUUGUCCGCGACCUGCUACAGGAUCCAGAGUGCGGUCCUGUCUACGUUUUGGAUCGUGACAUCGAGUCUAAUCGUCAUGACGGAGCGACCUACAUUCAGGGUAGCAUCACAGAUGCGACCAAAGUGGACUCAUUAUUCCAAGAAAUCAAGCCCCGUGUCAUUUUUCAUACUGCCAGCCCCAAUCCGAGUUUUCCUACGGGCGGGAAAGUAGACCAAUACGAAACGAACGUUAAAGGUACAGAAAUCUUACUCACCAGCGGAUCUGAAUGCUCGUCGGUGAGAGCUUUUGUCUUCAGCUCGACAGUAGAUGCCUACGCCGAUUCCCCGCAUUUCAACGUUGAUGAGAGCCAAAAGCUCUGGAAUCCAUCAUCCAAGACCUGGGAAUAUGGUCGCACCAAAGCCAUGGCUGAUAAAAUUGUCGGCGCUGCCAACGCCCCAAGUCUCCCAACUGUCCGCCUCGUCAUGGCACAUUCAUACGGCGUUAGGGAUAGUCAAACCAUCCCUGGUACUCUCAAUGCAUGCCCAGGAAAUCAGAAGCCUUUCCAGAUCGGAGACGGCAAAAAUCUCGUUGAAAUUUUGUGGAUCGAGAACGCGGCGACGGCCCAUAUUCUCGCUGCCAAAGCUCUCUUGAACCCCAGUCGUGCCUCUGGAAAGGUCGACGGAGAAGCUUUCAUCAUCUCAGAUGGAGUAGCAAUACCAUUCUGGUACCACGCACGCUUAAUCUGGACCAUCGCUCGUGGCCGGCAUCGGGAUGACCUCGUGGAUGUUACCAUCUUGCCAAAGUGGACUGCACUUGUCACCGCUUUCAUUGUGGGGUGGAUAUACUGGAUCUUUACGCUUGGGAGUAAGGAACCACCAGUGUCUGUCAGCAAAACUUCAAUGACAUAUUGUGUUAAUACACAUACAUAUAACACUCAAAAAGCACGACAGCGCCUUCAUUUCAAUCCCAUUGCAGAUCAUGACUCCAUCAUCAAAGAGGCGGUGGAGUGGGAGCUCGAAAAGCGGAGGCUGCUGACGUCGAAGAAGUAGGGAAGGCAGGAAGGUCCUUAAGUGCAAUCAAGCCUGGUAAUCCAGGAAUGCAUCAUUCAAAUUGCGG